GUGCGUACUGAGCGCUUGCCCCAUUCCCUCCUCCCUAUUUUAACGCUAGUUAAGAUGGUGGUUAGAGCGUAAAGUGUCUCUACAGAUAAGAAAGAAAAGGGCAAAACAUCUAUCAAGCCUUUUGAAUUAUAGCGAAAUAAUAAACCUAACAUAAUCUAAAGUGUCUAUCUAUACAAAUCUGGACAGUUCAGAGACAUUAGCAAUCCCCGCCCAAUUUGGUGUGACUGUCCAUUUGGAGUGGAAUCCCUGUAAUACGGACAGGCCCUUGACCAGCCGUGACAUCUGCUCCCCCUCGCCGUGCCAUAGGAUGUCCCACAGCCCCGAGAUAAAGGACGACUCCAUGGAGUGCCCUCUGUGCAUGGAGCCGCUGGAGAUUGACGACGUGAACUUCUUUCCCUGCACCUGCGGCUACCAGAUCUGCCGCUUCUGUUGGCACCGCAUCCGCACAGAUGAGAACGGCCUCUGCCCUGCCUGCAGAAAGCCGUACCCGGAGGACCCUGCGGUGUACAAGCCUCUGUCACAGGAGGAGAUUCAGAGGAUAAAGAACGAGAAGAAGCAGAAGCAGAACGAGAAGAAACAGAAGGUGACAGAGAAUCGGAAACACCUGGCCAGCGUCAGGGUGGUGCAGAGAAACCUGGUGUUUGUUGUUGGGCUCUCUCAAAGGCUCGCAGACCCAGAGGUUCUAAAGAGGCCAGAGUAUUUUGGGAAGUUUGGGAAAAUACACAAGGUGGUCAUCAACAACAGCACAUCAUAUGCAGGUUCACAGGGUCCCAGUGCCAGUGCCUACGUCACUUACAUCCGCUCUGAAGACGCCCUCAGAGCAAUACAAUGUGUGAACAAUGUGGUGGUGGACGGUAGAACACUCAAGGCUUCUUUAGGCACAACAAAAUACUGCAGUUACUUCCUGAAAAGCAUGCAGUGUCCCAAACCAGACUGUAUGUAUCUACAUGAGCUGGGGGACGAGGCGGCUAGCUUUACGAAAGAGGAGAUGCAGGCUGGGAAACACCAAGAAUACGAGCAGAAACUACUCCAGGACCUCUACAAAAUGAACCCCAGCUUUCUACAAACACCAACGUGUUCAGGGGAAAAGUCCAAAAGCAAAUCUUCAAAUUCUACACAAAGACCCAGCAACGGCAAGGACGGGUGGCCAACACUAUCGGGGUAUGGUGGCAAACUGGCCAAUGGGCUGUCAGAGGACAGGAAAUCUCCUCCGUUGCUAGACUGCUGUCUGGACCCAGAGGUCAUGACCUCAGACGGGUUAGGACUUGGCCUGGGGCUGGACACUGGGAUGGGGUCUGGCCAGGGGGCUGCCCUGUCCCCCUUCUCUUCUAAUUGUGACAGCAACGGUCCCAGCGACAAACCUCCGGAAUCAAUAGGUAUGGUGAAUGGAGAGACUUUACAACAGAUGCCUAACCGCGAGUCCCCUUCCCCUCCCCCGGGGCUGACUAAGCCCACCAGCAGUUUGGUGGUUCCCAUCACUGUAGCAGACCUCACCGCUCGCUCGCCCUUCGAGGGGGCUGCUGCAGAGUCCCAGUCCCUGUUCUCAGACAACAGUAACUUCAGACACCCCAACCCCAUCCCGUCCGGCCUGCCCCCCUUCACCAGCUCGCCUAGAGGGGGAUCCGACUGGCCCAUGACCCCCGAACCACAGAGCCUCUUCGCAUCAGACACAAUACCGGUCUCCUCCUCCACAGACUGGCAGGCAGCCUUCGGCUUCGGCUCCUCUACUAAACAGCAGCAGGACGACGACCUGGGCUUCGACCCCUUUGACGUGACACGGAAGGCCCUGGCUGACCUCAUUGAGAAGGAGCUGUCAGUCCAGGACCAGCACAGUCCCCUGGGGUCCCCCAGCCCCUUCGGCCUCCACCACCCCGGGUCCCACCACGGCCUCCACAUGCCCCUCUCCAACCCCAACCAUUUCCCCAGCAGCAUUGGACCUCCACCCCGCCUCUCUCAGCUUCACCACAGGCACAUUUCUAGCUCCUUUAGUUUCCCUGGUUCCCAGAGUCAGAGCAGUCAUCAUGGUGGAAGUCAGGCUGCCCAGGCCGCUGCAGCUCGGCAUACCUGGAUGGGCAUGCCUCCCUCGGCACGCAGCAAUAACCACCUCCUCUCACACUUGAACCACUCGGCCAAUGCUGGAGGAGGACAUAGCAACUUCCUGGACUUGAGCAUGCCUCCUCAGCACCACAGUCACAAUACAGGGCUGGGAGGGAUCCCCAUGUCAGAAAACAGCAGUUCUAUAGACGGCCUCAAUGUGAAAGAAUGGCAGGACGGUUUGAGAGCUCUCCUCCCCAACAUCAACAUCAACUUUGGGGGUCUCCCCAACUCCUCCUCCUCUUCCUCUUCCUCCUCUUCCUCCAGUAUGAACCACAUGGGGGGUCCUGGGGGGCUAAACGGGCCAGGGGGACUCUCACACAGUCUCAGCUGGGACGGUACGGCCAGCUGGAUGGACCCAGCUAUCAUCACAGGUAGCAUCCCAGCCUCAGCAGGCAGCAGUUUAGACUGUCUCCAGGAAGACCAGAACCCUCCCCACUGGCUCAAAUCCCUCCAGGCCCUGACCGAGAUGGACGGCCCUGCACUGCCAUCACUCCCCCAGCAGCCCCAGAACCAGCAGCACCAGUCCCUCCACCACAGCCACCACCAUGGCCUCCUAGACCAGGCCUCCUCACACCCACACCUCCACCACAGAGCAGGCUCUGGUUGGGCCCCCUACCUGCCCGGCCUGACCCAGCCCACACACACCAACCCCAGCCAAUUCCACAGCCCUCCCCCAGGCUUCCAGACAGCCUUCAGACCCCCAGGCCAAAGCGCCACAGAGUUGCUACAGAGCGCCGCCGCCGGGGACCGCCACUAAACUAAAGACAGAUUACAGCAGACUACCCCCGACCCAUGUCGUAAUCCCGAUCCCCAAUGCAAUACAGUACACACACUAAUCUGCAGAUUAUCAGAUUAUGAAAAUGAUUAACAAAAUAACAAGGCUUUCUUUUUCUUUCUCCCUCCUUUUUUUUUCUAUUCUAAAGGCCUAUUUGUUUGUUUCGGUUUUCGUGGCACAUGACAUGAAUGACCUGUUAACCCUUUUUGUCUGCUACUGACCGACCCCACUGAGCUCCAGUAGUCAGGCUCGUCUUCAGUAGGAUGCACCGUAGUCAAACGUUUUCAAACGGAAAGGAGCGUUUCUUAUUGGGCAGAUAAGUCCAUGUAAGUCCCUCGCGGUUUUCUUUUGUCUGGUGCGUAAUGAACACGACCCAGGUGAAUUGUUUGGGAUCAGACCGGUGCUGACUACUCUGAGCUUCACGUGGAGUCUGUCCGUAUGAUCUAGACGAGCACAGAGAAUAGGAGCAGUGAUACAUUUUGUGACACCCAAGACGAUAACUCCAAAUGUACAGGAAUCAAGAUUAGCUUAACGGGAGUCAUUUUUAAGAAGUACAUUUAUGAUUAAAUAUGAAACCUGUAGGUAAAUCGGCGUGUGAAAAAAAGAAGUGAAGUCAUGAUUACUCUUUGAGAAUGAAGCAACAAACUGAAUAGUGAAUCUGCUCUUAAAGCUUUGCCCCAAGGGCCCUCAUCCUCCCCACUGAUUGAUACAGGAGACUGAAUGAAACGGUUAACACUCACUCGAUGCAGAGAAGCUUUAAGGCGAACUUUAACUUUAAGGCAAAAAUGAUACCAAAUGCCUUAGUCUGAUUAAGAGGAGGUGGGAUUGAGAAUCUUUAGAGAAAAGCAUGGGUAAAAAUAACUUCAGGCUUGUUUUAAUUGGUUCAGAUGACAGAAAAUGAUGCAGACAGAGAUGGUCACAGAUGGAUAUAAUGUUAGGAUGUGAGAGUGGCUUGGCUGUGCCCUCAAAUCUGCUUCGGGUUCCCUGUUAGGCAGGGUCACAAUGGUCACGUUCCAGGCUGACAAUAUUGCAGUCACGCUGCACUCACGCAGCAACCAAUGGUCAUCGACUUUGCUGACCGGUGUCAGUCUGCUAUAUCAAAUGCGGUUAACUGGUAUAACUGAUUUAGCUAUACCUGAUUAACUAGUUAGCUGAUACAACACCUUGUGAGAUACAGGCAUUGUGAGAGCUGUCAGGCAACUGCAAUGUAGUCUGCCUGGAAUGCUCCCCAAUGGCCUGUCUUGUACAGGUCAUUAAAACCCACAUUCCCUUUGGGGUCAGGGGUCAUGGUGCCCCAUCCUGUAGUAGAGGCAAGAUUCAGUUCGACCUCUGUAUCAGAGGAUGGAGCACUGCCUAACUGGGGGACUGACCGCCGGGGUCGGAAGAAUAAUAAUUAGUCUCACGACUAUUCUCAGAUUGGAAGAAGAACAGGCCUAGCUAGUGUCAAGAUACCAGACCUCAGCACGUUACAUGCUAGUUCUGGGGAAACUAAGAAUGGCUGGAGUGGAGGCCAAAAAAAUGAAGAACCAUAUUUAAAGGAAAAGACCCCAAAAUGAUAUUUUGAUAUCAUUUCAUUAGUCGAUUGUUGAAGUCCCAAAAAAUGUUUUGCAUGGCAGCAAUCACGUUUUUAAGAUUAACUUUCAAAAUACAUAAAUACAGCUGUUAUGAUGCUUUUUUUAUUAUCAUCAGAUGAAGCAAAAUGCAUCAUACCGGCUGUUUUUCUGUAUUUUGAAAGUUUGGGACUGUAUCAGCUUUGGACUGAAUGUUUUGGGGUGGGAUUUUACUUUAAAGACUGUUGUAGGGAAGAUGUAGGCUAAUAAUGGGACGUCCUAAGAUGAAAGGUUUGGUCUGAUACGCACAGUGCCACUGUGUGGCAACUACAGUAGCUAAACCCUUAUCCUGGAAAGUCACAAGAAGACCCAACAGGUAAAUGAUGAAAGGCUUCCUACAUGUCACGAUGUCCUGACGUGCAGCUGUAGAAAAAGAGUGAGAAUUUAAAUAAUGUAAUACGAUAUCGGAGAUAGUGUGAAAGGAAGGUGCUAGAAGACGACGACAAACGACGGCUAGCAAUUUAAUCCAAGGAGCGCUCUGCCUUUCUCUGGGCCUUGAGAAUGAGUAACCUCCCUUCACGGCCUUUAUUUUGAAGUCUUAACUCCAUAAUAUCUACAUCUUUAUCUCUCUCUUUCUGACUCGCUCUCUUUCUCUCUCCUGCUAUCCCCUAUUAAAACAGUAUUCACGAUAAACAUGAACUGAUCCAGGAUGAAACCAACAAUCAGUCAUACUACUGUGGUUUUUUUUAACAUGAUGCUGAGAUAUAAAACACAUUGAGGAGCUUAAAGGAAUUGAACUGUCCACUGCCCGUCUGGAAAAACAAACAUUAAAUAAAAUGAAAAACCCA